CAAAAUGUAAUUAGUUUUAGUGCUAUUUUACUUAUUUAUUAACAAUUUAUACAAUGCAUUCAUAAUUUUUCAAGUAGAUGUACACCUGUCACCAUGAAUACCAUAUCUUACUUUUAUUUCUCUUAAAUGUUUGUAAAAAAACUCACAUUUAAAUAAUACGCCGAAAUAAGGUAUCUCAAAUCUUCCCAAACUAAUUUGAAGAUGAUUUAAUGUAGUACCAAUGUGGUGGUAUUUCCAUAUCCUGUAACCGCGUGAAUCUCGAAUUAUAAUUUGAUUAAAAUAAAAAAAAGAAAUCCCAAAAUUCCGAAUUUUAAUAAAAAAAACCCGAAAAAUCUUAACCGUCUCCACACACCCAAACAGGUUUUCAAUUUUGCUUCGUAAUUAUUGGCAGUUGCUUCCAUAUUUAAUUCGCUGACCUUCAUGGACAGACCGUUUGUCUUUCUGAUAAUCCUUCGACUACCGGUUACCACCUAUAAAAGGUUACCAACCUUCCUAACUCCAAUCAGUAUCAUACCAACGUGCUACGACCAAAAACCAAAAACAAAAUCAAAGACAAAAAUGAAAUUGUCAGUGAUCAUCGCAUUUACCUGCACAGUGUACUUAGUAGGGGCUGCUAGCGUAUACAAUCCAGAAUUAGUACGAGAAAAAAGGGCACCCAUUAUAGGCGCUGCCUUGGGUGCUAGUGCGUUAGGCGUCGGGGCGCUGGGAGCCGGUGUACUGGGAGCUGGCGUGGUAGGAGCUGGACUAGUAGGAGCAGGAGCUGUCGGGGCUGCCGGACUAGGAUUAGGACUAGCCAAAGGGGCGGUUAUCGGCAAAUCCCUGGCGUACGGACACGGCGGAUACGGCUAUGGCGGAUAUGGAGGAGGUUACGGAUAUGGCGGUGGAUACCACAGCGAUGUUCACUACCACCAUUACGAACCGGCAGUCCACGUCUACCAUCAUGACGAUUACUAUCACGGCUGGUGAAGUGCCAAUCGGUCAGUGAGCCCGUACGCUUAAUAAAUUUUAAGUCACUAGUCGUUAAUUACUUUUUGUUGAAAAUUUUUAAAUAAAUCAGUAUUUCGC